AUGUUUAGGCCUCUGACCCAGUGUUGGAUGAGAAUCCCAACCCUUGCAGCUCUACGUCCCAUGGGAAGCACCAGCGGUACAGCCAACCAUAGACUCACACUGGCCAACAAAGUGGCAGUGGUCACAGGAUCCACAAAUGGGAUUGGCUUCGCUAUUGCCCGGCGUCUGGCCCAGGAUGGGGCCCAUGUGGUCAUCAGCAGCCGGAAGCAGCAGAAUGUCGACUCAGCCGUGGCCACACUGCAGGGAGAUGGGCUGUGUGUGUCAGGCACUGUGUGUCACGUAGGAAAGGCAGAGGACCGGGAGAGGCUGGUGGCCACGGCCUUGGAACACUGCGGAGGUGUGGACUUCCUGGUGUGUGUUGCAGGGGUCAAUCCCUUGGUAGGAAGUACCAUCAAGAGCAGUGAACAGAUCUGGGACAAGAUCCUGAGUGUGAAUGUGAAGGCCCCAGCCCUGUUGCUGAACCAGCUUCUGCCUCACAUGGAGAAGAGGGGACAAGGUUCAGUGGUCCUGGUGUCUUCACUUGCAGCCUACGUACCAUUGCCUAAGCUAGGAGCCUACAAUGUCAGUAAAACAGCUGUUCUCGGCCUCACCAAGACUCUGGCAGUGGAGCUGGCACCAAAGAACAUUCGUGUUAAUUGCCUAGUACCAGGAAUCAUUAACACAGACUUCAGCAAAGUGGUGAGGACCAAGGGCAGUUGGUGGGGAAGACGUUACCAGUCUCAGCCCUACUUCUCUCCAUGCAGGGUGGGGCAGCCUGAGGACUGUGCAGGACUGGUGUCUUUCUUAUGCUCGCCAGACGCAAGCUACAUCACUGGUGAAAACAUCGUGGUGGCUGGCUUGUCCCCACCUCUCUGA